AUGAGCAAAAAACAGUCCGCCCGCAGCAGCAAAGCAUUCACACCUUCCACAUCUUCGGGGGUGGGGGGAUUCGGUGGGUUCGGUGGAUUCGACACAGCAUCAACAUUCUCAUCGGCCUCAGCAUCGCAACUGUCCUAUGUCACACCGCCACCAGACCUUAAAGGAAUCAGCGAUUCAAGCGUUGUGGUAUUAUUUAAGAAUUUGUCAAAAAAAGAUGAUACGACGAAGGCGAAAGCCCUGGAAGAUCUACAAGCGGUGACAGAUAUUGAGGACGCUAUUAUCGCAGCCUGGGUCUUACUAUACCCCCGACUUUCGACCGAUACUUCUCGACGAGUACGGGCCCUCUCACACACUGUUCACGGUCUUAUUUCACAGCGUGCUGGGAAAAGAAUCGCGGAAUAUAUGCCUCGAGUGAUUGGAGUUUGGCUUGCCGGGUUGUACGAUAAUGAUCGGGCUACAUCAAAAGCUGCAAAUGAUGCGCUGAAGCUUGUAUUUUCAUCCGAGGAAAAGAUUGCGAAGGUGUGGAAGGCGUAUCAGGCAGAUAUUGUGAAAUACUGCACGAACGUGGUUCUACAUGAGACUGUUGACACUUUGAGCGAUGAGAGGCAGGUGUCACCAGAUGAUGCGCAGAACAAAUUUGCGAGAGUUAUCGCGACGAGUGUUUUAGCUCUUGGUCACCUCAUUUCAACCCUGCCGGAAGCCGAAUUGAAAAAACAGCACGACUCAUAUUCUGCAGUCAUUUCUGAACCUUAUCUAUGGUCAUUCUCCUACCAUUCGGACCCUUACCUUCGAAAGGCAUUAUACAGAUUUCUCACACUCACACUAACUUUCAUCCCCUCAAUCAUUUCCUCUCCAGAAACCCUUCCCAUCGUUUCAGAGGCAAUCAUUACAAAAUCUCUUGCCAAAAGUCAAAUUGGCUCCGUAAUUGAUUAUCUAGAUGCCCUUAUAUCAUUAACGUCCUCACUCCCUACUUCAUGGGCAGUCUUAAAACCGUCAAAGAAGCGGACUCCAAUUGGAAUGCUGAUAAAGUUUGUAAAAACUGGAUCCCAGUCUGCGGGUCAGGAGUAUUGGAGAAAACUCGUGGACUUGAUUUCUGUAAUACCACGAGAAAUUCUUCCGAAAUCACUUGAUGGUAUUCGGGAGCUAUUGGUGGGAUUUGUGGAUGGUAUCUGCAAUGGGCCGGAACCAAGGACUCAUUUGAUAUCAGCUUGGGGAGCCUACUUUAGUGUUAUCUACCAUAUCCUCGCUUUAGAGGGAGGGGAUGCAGAUGAGGCUGCUAAAAUCAUUGAGGAGUCGAUGUGGCCCAUAUACUAUAACUAUAUGCUUGGAAAUACGGACGAAGCAGAGAGGAUGAAGAUUCAAUAUUAUGCGGCGAGUAUAUGCGCUAGUGGAGUAGCAAUGGCUGGUGUGCAUGACGAGCGAAUUGUACAUCUUAUGAGAGAAGGUGUAUGGAAUAAGGUGGAAAAUUUGCUACUUGAGCGCAUCGCCAAAGGAGAUACCGAUGGCAUGGGUCAAAAAUGGGUAGAUUUGAGCGCAGAGAUUCUCAAAAAGACUAAGGAGGAGAAUCAAGUGGCUGAGAUCGUAAAAGCUAGUAAUGUCGACGUUUUGUUGCAGUGUAUUUCGGCGGUGGUGAGCGAAAAGGGCAGGUCAAGUGAUAUGUCUUUACUAGAGCAGAUGCUUUCGAAUUUUGGCUCUAGUAUUUUAAGCAUUCAAACAGCGCAGCAGGCAACGACCGUCUUCUUUACCGAAAGUCUUCCAGAUCUCCUCCUUUCACCAUCAUUGCCACAUAUCCUGUCAGCCCUCAUAGCAUAUGGUACACACACGCCCGAUUUCGCCCCCUUCGAAACAGCCUGGAAGAAAUCAAUCCGUUCCAUUCUUCUUUCCACUCUUUCGAAAGAAACCAAGGAAGCCCGUAUAAUCCAACUCUUACAAUCAACCCCAACUUCACUACAAAACAGAGUUCCACCAGUGGCAGAACUAGAACAUUAUGUGAACCGGAAAUUAGAAGCUAGUUUAGAAACUGAUGAAGCUGCAGGAUGGGAGAUGAUGAAAUCAUCAUUCGGCUCAUCGGUAUUGUCGGAGGGUAAGAUUAUGGAAAUGCUUGUGAUGCUUAGUGAUGGAUUGUCGCUGCAGGAGGGACGGAACUCAUCAUCUGUGUGCAAGCAUCUUGCAACUGUUGCCAAACAGAACCCACAAGUAUUGGUGAACUUUGCAACAUCGAAGGAUGGUGCAGAUAUGUUAUACCGAUUGCUAGUACUCAUAGAAUCACCUGAGAGCGAGGUUUCAGAUGCGGCGAAAAGUAUCUACAAAGUUAUUGAAGCAGGGCUCGCAGCUAGCAAUACGAAGGACCAAGCGGAGGUUGUGGGUAGUGUGGUGGACAUCAUUUCGAAGAGUGUCAGGGAACCUAGAGAUGUAGAGCUUUCACUGCAUGCCCUUGCGGAUAAGGCAAAGGCCUUAAUAGAUCGAGCUCCAGCGGACGAAAAGGUGACGCUUGUAGAAAAGCUGCUGUUUACACCAGAGCUCUGGAAACGUGAGCUGGGCUCGUUUUUGGUGGGCGCGAUGAAGAUGUCGUUGGCUAUUACAAACCCGAUCGGUGGAGCAAUUUUCUUUGCUGACAAGCAAAAGGCCCCAGCCUCCACUCCCAUUGUUCGGGACCGACAAGGUGUUUCGGCUGCAAUGAGGAUGGGAAUAUUUAUAAUCGAGUUUCUCAAAGCGAUGGGCUCGUUCAACAGAAGUCAGGGCGAUGUGUUCUCUCAGAUCUCGGAUGAUUCACGGACAACGCUGUUUUACUACCUUGCGUUGACCUUGGAGUUGGCCAAGGAUAAUGUCGCCAUUGCUGGAGCCAAUUAUCUCUGGACCGGAAACUUGCCAGAAGUUGAACAGGAGGCUCUAGAGUUUGUUUCUGAUAUCCAACAUUUCAUUGCAAGUUGUUUUGAACAGGAUGAUCCGGCGGGAUAUCUAUCAUUGGUAAUUGAGCGCCUCAUGGAGGGCUCCAUGGAGCAGCCCGCGAGCACGUCAGCCUUUUACUCGGCAAGGGCUUUAACCGGGGUAAUUGGAGGCCUCGCAGAUCAUCAUAAAGUCACAUUGGAGCAAACACAAACUUGGUUGAAACUGUGUGAUGUAAGAAGAGGCACUGAUGUGUUUCGGAUUACUGCAAUACUCACAGGACUUUCCGAGUUGUUGGAGCAUAGUAAAGAUGCCGAUAGGCUACGGAAUGAGCUUGCAAGUGAUCUGAUGGGCGUCCCCAAAUCCAAAUGUGAAGAGGAAGGUCUUCGCAAGCUGGUAUUCUUGAAUGCAGUUCUCCCCAAACCUGGUGAAGACGUUGCUCCGCUUCCACCGCAACGCACAAUCCUACUCAUCAAACACCUUCUUUCCUGGUUCAGUGAAAAAGAAGAGUCCGAGACAGAAAUUAACACAGAGGUCCUCACAGAAGCUAUAAAAACCUUUGCAAGUGUUCUGCCUACAGUUAAGGAGCUGUAUGGCGAGCAUUGGCAGCCGUUGUGUGAAUUUGUCGGCAUGGGCAUAUCUAAUCCUAUUGUGGUAGAGGGUUGUAUACCCUUGAUCUUCGCAUCACUGAAGCUAUUCCAGACCCUGAAGUCAAUUCGGUUUGCAAACGAUGACAUUGAGGAAGCCUGGGAAACAACCGAUCUUUACCCUAUCCUAAGGGAGACAUUAGGAAACUCAAGACAUGCAGAUGAUCAACAUCAACCCCGGAAUUUAUCCAACGCUCUUUUGUCCCGACAGACAAGGUCAAUGGAUCUUAAAUAUAUCGGAGAUCCUACUGACAUUUAUCCACUUUUGAACGUAAAAUCAAGACCAGUUCAAGAGGCUGCAUUUGAGCUGUUGCAUAGAUAUAUUCCAUCACAGCAGGAACACGUCUCCAUCGAAGCCGCCUUGUCAAAAGAGGAUAACUUCACACUUCAGCUUCCAAUGGAGUUAUUGAGCUUGAUUAUGGAGCCACCGACAAUGGAUCAAGUAGAGGACUGGGAUUUUGAAAGGGCGAUGCCAUUGACACUAAGAGGGUAUCUAUUGACCUGGAUACUGAUAUUUGAUCAUUUUGAGAAUUCUUCAUUCAAAGUCCGAUCCGCCUACGUGGAUAACCUCAAAGAAGGCGGCUAUCUUACCGGAUUGCUUGACUUCGCCUUUGACUUUCUUGGCCACUCAAAGGGGCGCUCAAUCGACGCCUCCAAAUUCGAUAUCGAGUCAUACACGCCCGACCUGGAAGAGUCCCCCUUAAAGGACACCCAAUGGCUUCUAAUCCACCUAUACUACCUCUCACUUCGCUUCACACCCUCGCUCUCGAAAUCAUGGUGGAUCGACUGCAAAGUGCGGCAGAAGGUGCUCUCGGUGGAAUCCUUCACAGAAAAGUACAUGUCCCCACUCAUCAUCGAUAAAGAGUUUGCAGCAAUACGCGCAUGGAUAGCCGAGCAGCCCGCCCCUGCGCCUGGUGAAGAAGAAGGCAUGCAGGUCAAGAUCUCGCGCGGAACGUCGAAGGAGAUCCUGGCCGUCUAUCCGAUCGAUGACCAGACAAUGGAGAUGAUGGUCAGACUGCCCUCUACGUUCCCACUACGACAGGUGGAAGUGGAGGGGGUUAAGAGAGUUGGCUUGAGCGAACAGCAGUUCAAGAAGAUGCAGCUGGCUUCGCAGGCUGUCAUCAACUUCCAGAGCGCAUCCAUCAUCGACGGACUAACCCUCUUCCGCAAAAACGUCUCUCUGCUCUUCCAAGGCAUUGCUGAGUGCGCUAUCUGUUACAGUAUCCUGGCUGUGACGCCCGACAGGUCGCUGCCGAACAAGGCGUGCUCAACGUGCAAGAAUAAGUUCCACUCUUCGUGUCUGCUCAAGUGGUUCAGGACCAGUAACUCGAGUUCGUGCCCGCUUUGCCGGACAAGUUUCUCGUUUUACAGUUAG